AUGGCGGCGUCCCGGCAGACCUCCAGCCGCAGCGUCGUGCGCGAUGAGCCGAGCGGCUCCGCGGACUCGUCGGUCAGCACCCGCACGCUGGUGCUCACCGUGUCGCCGGUGUCCCCCGAGCGGCUCGUGUCGCCGGGGCAGGUCCCCGAGCCACCAGGCAGAAACCUGUGGGAGCAGGUCUGCGAGGAGUACGAAGCUAAGCAGCCUCCCUUUCCAGAAGGAUAUAAAGUGAAACAAGAAGCUAAAGCUAAUGUCUCACCUUUGGAGGAAAUGACUUCCCAAAGCUUCAACACACAGAAAUACCUUCAAGUGUCCAAUUUCCUCAAAGAAUCACCUGUAUCCUGUCCUCAGAAGAAAUCAAAAACUAUUGAGCCGAAAACUUGUUCCCCCAGAGAAUAUUUGGAAGAGAUCAUCUUUCCAAUUCUGCUUCCUGGAAUGGCCAACCUGCUUCACCAAGCAAAGAAAGAAAAAUGCUUCGAGAGGAAAAUAACCAAAUUCAUCGCGUGUGAUUUUCUGACUGAGUGGUUGUACAACCAGAAUCCCAAGAGGAUAGGGGAGCCAUUUACAGAAUUUUUCUCCAUUCCGUUUGUGGAAGAAUGGCUAAAGCACCACCCACGACCACCAAUCCCACUCUCCCUCCUCCUGACAGAGGAACAGGCUGCAGUCAUAAUCCAGUCUUUCUGGAGAGCCUAUCUGGUUCGCUGUGAUCCUGAGAUCCAGGAACUUCGUCAGUGGCAGAAGAAACUGCGUGAGGAUAAGCACAUUCACCAGCGAGUGAAGAUAUUCUGGACCAAACAAGAACAGAAAGUGAAAUGUAAAAUGGAAGAUGAAGAGGUCAACACAGCCACAGCACCACCUCCUUAACUGCUGUUGGUAUCUUCCCUUGGAGAAUGAACUACCCCAUUGUGAGGGUUAUGUCCACAUUGCACUGUCUCGGUUAUGGUUUCUUUAACAAGUUUUGUUGAAAAUUUUCAUGCAAGGUAGGAUUUGUUAGAAACAUGGUUUAAAUGGUGUGCUUUCAUCCAGGUGAUUUUCCACUGUGUUAGGGAGUGUUCUUCGAGACUAACUGUUAUUACGAUGUGCGGUGAAAUUAACCCCAAGAGAGAAAGUGCCUUGUUACAAGUUUCUUGGUUUUGUGAAGAUACAUUAUUUUAGUUUAAGUCACAUAUCUGCUUUAGUUUUUAUGCUUUGGUUUUGUUUUUUUUGUGUGUGUGCUAAAAGAAUAAAUGGGGUCUCCCAUGUGCGAGGCAAGAGCUCCACCAUUGAGCUCCAUCCCCAACAAUUACAACAGAAUUUUCAUUGUCUAAGACUCCAUAGUAUUACAGAAAUGUCCUGUGAUUAGCUGUUAAUCAGGAUCCUCCCAGUCAAAAGGCCAAGGACUCAGCAGAAAAGUCUUGUAUUGAGUGGUUUGACAAGCUACCACACAUCUUAGGUAAAUAAUAAAGCCUUUAUUUUCAUGUUAAGAACAGCAUUUUGAAAAUAAAACCUAUCUGCCCAUGCUUAACAACCAUUUGAAUUUGUUUAAUACUUAUAUACAGUGAUAUACACAUUGAUUGUCUUGAAAUUUCUUGGACAAUUUUAUCAGUGUGCAGUUCAGCCAGGGGAAAAUGAAAGUACAU